CCGUACUCAAAUUUUCACAUUAAUUUUUUUAUUUAUAUUAUUUUAAUAUUAAUAUACCACACCUGACUGUAAAAAGUUUAGUAGUGAGUAGAAAGUCAAAGUGUAUUCGAAAAAGUUUAAAUUAUAUUUAAGUUGGCCAAUUUAUUAAAAUUGUGAAAAUUUCACUAUAUUCCUAAAGUUAAAAAGAAAAAUAGAAAAAUUUUAAAAUAUUUACAAAACAAAAUAUUUAAGAAAAACAAUUAUUCGUGGACAUUUGCAUAAUAAUCUGCUCCUAAAACAAGGAAAUACAUACAAAUUAUUGUUGUCCUCCAAAUAUUAUAUACCUUUAGUAUAUAUAUAUACAUAUGUAUAUGUACAUCAAUAUAUAGUAAAAAAAAUGCUAGUUCCAGCCAAAUUUUGCGUAGUGUAAUAAACAUUUUUGUUUUCGCGUUAAAAAUUAAUAACUAGUGCCUAAACUAUACAAAAAAUAUAAAUAUAAGUGAAAUAUUAAUUAAUACAUCAUUAAAACCAAUAUAUGUACAUAUAUACGUUUUGCUUUUGUUUUUUUUUUCGAUUUCAAGAAAUAUCUGUGAAUGUUUUCAUAUUCUCGCAUCAUACCAAGUAAAAAAGGAAUAAAUCGGAUUUACCAACAUACUAAAAUUUUUUAGUUUUGAUUUUUUAUUGUAACAGAAAAACGUAAAUAAAUUACAAUGUACAAAAUGCAAAGUUUCAUAAUUAUACCAAUAAUAUUUAUAUUGAUUGGAUCACCAUUAAAAGGUGGUUAUUCUGGUGUUCCUUUAAGCCGAAGUCCAGAAUUGGAAACGAAUCUUGGAUUAUAUAAUUCAUCAGAUAAAGUAAUACCAUUAACUGUUGAUAAUGUGAAAUCAUUUAUAUCAAAUCAAAAAUAUGGUACACUAUUAGAAUUUUAUAAUACAUAUUGUGGUCAUUGUAGAAGAUUUGCACCAAAAUAUAAAGAAUUAGCCGAAGAUAUAUAUCCUUGGAGAAGAAUAAUAAAAGUUGCUGCAAUUGAUUGUGCAGAUGAUAAUAAUAAUGAUAUAUGUAGAGAAUAUGAAAUAUUGGGUUAUCCAAGUUUAAGAUAUUUUUCACCAUACUAUUUAAAAGGUGAUGAUCAAACAAAAAUUGGUUAUCAAAUACAAUCACAAGAUUUAAAUGAAAUUAAAAAGACAUUAAUAAUUCAAGCAAUGAAUGAAUCACGUUUUGAUAAUUAUUGGCCAGAUUUUUCUGAAAUAACAAAUAAAGAUAUAGGACAUUUAAUUGAAAAUCUUCCUGAAAAAAUUAAAUAUAUUUUAAUAAUAUAUGAAAAUGAAAAUUCAACAUUAGGAUCAAAUUUAAUAUUAGAUUUUAGUUUAUAUGAUUCAAUACAAAUAAGACGUACAACGAAUCCAGAUAUUGCAGUAUCAUUUAAUAUAGUAACACCAACAACAAUAUCAAUUAUUGAUAAAAGAAAUUCAAAUAUUGAACAAAUACAUUCCGAUAAUUUAAAUGAAACAUCAUUUAAAAAUCAUAUAAUUAAAUUUUUAGAAGAAAAAAAUUUAUAUACAUAUUCAACAACUGAACAUACUUCCAUAAUAACAUUCCAACAUAAAGAUAUUUAUAAUAAUAUAAGUGAAAUAAUUGAAUAUGUUAAAGAUCAUGGUGUUCAUGUUGUAUAUAGAGCUGAUUUAGAUCAUGCAUUACAUUAUGCAUUAUUUCAUGAAAUACCAAAAUAUAUUAAUAUAAAUGGUGAACGUUUAUUAGCUUUACAAAAUUUUAUUAGUAUUAUAAAACGUUAUAGUCCAUUAGGUAAAAAUGGUGAAGAAUUUAUGAAUAAAUUAUAUGAUUAUGUUAAAAUAAAUAAUGAAAAUAUAUAUGGAAAUGAUUUAGAAAAUUAUAUAAAGAAUAUUGUUAAUGAUAAUGAUGUGCCUUUAUUUGCAACAACUGAUUUAUGGAUUGGUUGUAUUGGUUCUAAACAUUUAUCAAGAGGUUUUACAUGUGGCCUAUGGAAAUUAUUUCAUUAUUUAACUGUACAAGCAGCAGAAAAUGAAGAAACACAAGAUCCAAUUGAAGUUUUACAAGCAAUACAUGGUUAUGUUAAACAUUUCUUUGGUUGUACAGAUUGUUCAAAUCAUUUUCAGGAAAUGGCAUCACGUCGUAAAAUUUGGAAUGUAGCUAGUAAAGAUGAUGCUAUAUUAUGGUUAUGGUCAGCACAUAAUGAAGUUAAUCAAAGAUUAGCUGGUGAUGAAACAGAAGAUCCACAAUUUCCAAAAUUACAAUUUCCGCCGCCAUCAUCAUGUCAUCAAUGUUAUAAUAAAGAAGUAUCAGCAUCACCAAUAUUAGAUCAAAUUAAUUGGAAUAAACAUGAAAUAUUACAAUUUUUAAAAAAUAUAUAUAAUCAUCAAAAUAUUAGUUAUUAUUCAUUAAAUAUGGAUCAAUUAGAAAAUUCUAAAAAAUCCCAAAUGAUGGGUAAUGUAUUCUCUGAUAUGGAUAUGAGUUUUGGUUUUAUAUUAUAUGGAUCAUGUAUUAUAAUGAUGAUAUUUGCUGUUAAAUUAUUUAUAUUCCGUGGAUAUCGUAGAAAAUCUCAUUUAAAUAAUACGUUAGGAAAGUUUUUUAAUGACUGUUAUUGAAAUAAUGAAAUCAACGAACAAAAAUUGUAAAUUACAUGUAUAUAUAAAAAAUUAUAUUAAUAAAUAUAUGUAUAUAUAGAAAUACAAUGGUAUUAUGUAAAUUUUAUAUUUUAUAAUUUUAACUAAAUAUUAAAAAAAACUAAAUAUAUAAUGUGAUUUUAAAUUAAUAAUAGAAGAAAGAACAAAAAUACUAAACAUAAUUAUUUUUUUUUUUUUUUGUUAUACAUACACUCAUAUUUGUUCUAUAUAAAUAUUUAUAAAUAUUUAAUAUACAUAAUAUUUUAUUUUAAACGAUAAUUAAUUAUAUUAAAGAACAAAAAAAUUAAAAAUAGAAACUGUAGUUAUAAAUUUUUUUUUUUGGUUAAUUAAAA